GCGCCGGAAGUCGAGGGGCGGGUCAAAGGAGGCGCGGUCUCUCGAGCUUAUGGCGGGGCUGUUGCUCGCUCCCGGCCGGAUAAUGCGGCUUCCGGGCAGCCAACUUUGGCGUCUCUUGCCUCGCGGAUUCGGAGUUUGGGGCCCAGGGAAGGAGACCGCUAGGGUCUUGCUAGGGCGGCUCUGCGCGAGGCCAGAGGAGGCAUGGCGGGCCUCGGGGCUCGCUGCCUGCUGCCUGGGGAGCCGCCCCCUCAGCACGGCAAUGCCGCCGCCGCCCGGGUCGUCAGGACCGGAGCGGAAGGGCAGCGGAGACCCCAUGCGCCCCUCGAAGCCCGGGCCUGUUUCCUGGAAGUCUUUAGCCGUCACAUUUGCUAUUGGAGGAGCUUUAUUGGCUGGAAUGAAGUACUUCAAGAAAGAAAAGACGGAGAAACUGGAGAAGGAACGGCACCGGAGCAUUGGAAAGCCUUUACUUGGGGGCCCAUUUUCCCUCACAACUCAUACUGGCGAGCCCAAAACUAAUAAGGACUACCUGGGUCAAUGGGUAUUGAUUUAUUUUGGUUUUACUCAUUGUCCUGAUAUCUGUCCAGAAGAACUAGAAAAAAUGAUUCAAGUCGUGGAUGAAAUAGACAGUAUUCCAACUCUGCCAAAUUUAACUCCACUUUUCAUCACUAUUGACCCAGAGAGGGACACAAAAGAAGCCAUCGCCAAUUAUGUAAAAGAAUUUUCUCCCAAACUGAUUGGCUUGACUGGCACAAAAGAAGAGAUCGAUCAAGUGGCCAGAGCAUUCAGAGUGUAUUACAGCCCUGGCCCCAAGGACGAAGAUGAGGACUACAUAGUAUGUUGGAGAAACUUCAUUCUCAGGACGACAACAUGGAAUUGGGAACCACAGGCCAGGGACCUUCAGAGCUGGCCAGACUGGCUUCCCCCAUCAGGUGCGGUUGCUGUGCAGCGCGUGCACACAGCCUGGCUCUCCACCUUAAAUAGCUUCUCGUGUGCUGAAGCCAGUCUGCUUUCAAUCCUGACGAUGCUAGGGUAACUCGAAGCCUCCUUUUCUUACCUGUAACCUGGGAGCUUAAGAGCACUGGUGGGGCCGGGUCGGUGUGAGGGCAAGAGAAGCAGUGUAGAGCGCCAGCACGUGCUCAGGGAGUGAUGCUUCAUGUUAUUUUUGGUGCUGAUGAGGGGGGUGAUUUGGGGCUUGCGUAACAGGUGGUGUCAACAGUGGGUUUGUGUGUGUAUUUACCCUCCCUCCACCCCUACCCAACUCGAGGCUGCCUGUAUCCUAAUACCUGGAACCCCCACCUCUUGCUGUUUCCCCACCCCAAUACACAUAGCUGAGCCUGAAGCUGGUUACCUCGCCUUACUGAACUGUUCACACCUGCUUUCUUAAAUGGUGUCCAGAUUUAGAAGAGUUGUGGGAAAAGCCAUCAAGUUGAAGCCAGGACCUUGGAGGCAUUUGGUCCUGACAGGGACAGCAGGGCAUGAGCACGUGGUCAUGGUCAGAGCAGGUUCUGCUUCAGGAGUGGGUGGGCCCUGGGGCCUCAUGAAGCUGUUGGACUUCCAGCAGCUCUGAGUCUGCUAAGGAGGAGGCAGUUCUCCAAGUUCUAGAAUGUGAUGCUCAGGACAGCAGGUGGUUGGAGUGCUCCUGGCUUCGCGAGGGCUUUGACCACAGGUGUAGCUGCUCUAUCAGAUCAUGACUGUUUCUGUCAAGCGUUUCUGGUUUUAGCAGUGGUGUGUCACUCCCAGUUUGACCUCAGGAACCAGUCGCUGUGUCUCACUGCUCAGAUUGUCCUGAGGCCUGGUUCCUCCCAUUGCAGGCAAAGUUGGUUUGAUUCUGUGCCAUUUCUGCCUACACUCGGUUCACAAGGUGGUACCUUCUUGCCUUUGAGGGUCCAUAAACAGGUCAUGAGCGAGCAUUUCUUCAUGUCUGGCUCCAGGACACCCUUCUAGAGGUGCUCUGCUCAGCAGCCUGCGUGUCUGUCUCUUCGGUGUUGAUCAUGCAUCUGCUCCCCAUCUGCCGAGUUCAGGCCUGAGCUCUGUGCUGGAGACAGAAGGGCGCUGAGCACCUCCCUGCUGAGUCCUGGCCUGCCCUCUGUGCUGGAGACGGGAGGGGACUGAGUACCUCCCUGACCUUUGUGCUGGAGACAGAAAGGGGCUGAGUACUUCCCUGACCUCUGUGCUGGAGACAGAAGCGGGCUGAGUACCUCCCUGCCCCUGCGGAGUGCAGGCCUUAGCUCUGUGCUGGAGACGGGAAGGGGCUGAGCACCUCCGUGCUGAGUCCUGGCCUGUCCUCUGCUGGAGACGGGAGGGGGCUGAGCACCUCCCUGCUGAGUCCUGGCCUGUCCUCUGUGCUGGAGACGGGAUGGGGCUGAGCACCUCCCUGCUGAGUCCUGGCCUGUCCUCUGUGCUGGAGACGGGCAGGGGGUAGGGUAGGGACCAAGCACCUUCCUGCUAGGGGAGCUCAUCUUCAGUGUGGCAGACAGACUGUCAACAAUGAAAUAUAUAGAGCAGGUCAGAUAGUCAGAGGUGCUGGAAAGAAGAAAGAAGGUAAGGGCUGGAGAGGAACGAGGGUGGGUGACAGUGUGAUUGGUCAUGGAAGAACUUCUUCGGGAGGGGGCUGUUUGGAAACUGGGAAUGAGCCGUGUAUCUGGGGAGACCUUCCAGCUUGAAGGCCCUAACCCCGGAGUGAGUGUGUGGCACUCAAGAGCAGGAGCCCAGUGUGACAGUGGCUGGUGAGUCUCAGGGACAGGAGGGCUGGAGAAGGAGCCGGGAGCCACAUGUGUCAGGCCCGAGUUCAUGGCAGGGACCCUGUUUUAUUUUGAGCGUUGAGGGGGCCCUGGAAGGGCUGAGAACAGUGCUUGAUCUGAUCCACCCGCCAGGGUGCCCACCGUGACUGUUGCUUUGACCACGUAGGGGUCUUUGGGUGCCAAUGUCACCCCCUCAGGGGGUGUUAAAAGUCACUCACCCUGUGUCAUAUUUCAGGAGAACAUCUUUGUGAAUGUUUAAUUGAAAGAAAAGCUUUGAGUUUUCUUUUUAUAGUGGGAAAAUUUAAACAUAAAGAGUGGCCUAGUUUAGUGAACUUGAUAUGCCCAUCACCAAGCUUCUGUAAUUCUCAACACGGCUGAGCUUAUUUCUUCUACACCUCCACCCCCUCCUACCCAGUCCUGCAUGUGUGCACAUCUUGCUUAGUCUUUGAAAAAUAACCACAGUUUCAUUAUCACACCAAAAAAAAAGUUAAUCUGUUUUUGCUUAAUAUCACUGAAUAUCCAGUCAGUGAAAAGUCAAGUUUAUAAUUGGGUCCUUUGCUUUCUAGGAGCCACAACACCUCAUUGUGGAGGGGUGUCCUGUCCACAUCACGAGUGUGACUCUGGGUUUGUGUUUGCACCCAGUCAGGGAGGACACAAGGGGCUUGGAGUGAAACAGCCGGGCAGCACCCCUACCAUGGUAUUCAGGUCAGACUCUAAUCAAACUUGGGCCCACUCAGUUCAGUUCAGCCGCUCAUUCGCAUCCAACUCUUUGCGACCCCAUGGACUGCGGCACGCCAGGCCUCCCUGUCCAUCACCAACUCCCAGAGCUUAUUCAAACUC